CUCACACGCCCGCGCACGCACAGAAGGCGGAAAUGCGGCGGAUGUCGGUGAUGUUCGCGCAGAGCUGCAGGAUUAUUACAGACUCUGUCCGUGGGGCUCUGCUGGCCUCAUGAUGAUGGGGAAGUACUUCUUCAGCGAGACGGACAUCAAGAGCCCGUGGGAUCAGGUGUUGGCAGCCUUCUGGCUGAGAUACCCAAACCCAUACAGCACUCAUGUUCUGACGGAGGACGUAGUUUUCCGUGAGGUGACGCCGGAUAACCAGCUCCUGUCCCGGCGGCUCCUGACGAAGACCAAUCGUCUCCCUCGCUGGGCGGAGCGCGUCUUCCCCGGAAAUCUGUCGCGUUCGGUUUACAUCAUCGAGGAUUCGGUGGUCGACCUCCGAAACAGAAGCCUCACGACGCUGACCUGGAACGUAAAUCACGCUAAACUCAUGCGUGUGGUGGAGCGCUGUGUGUUUGCGGGCGAACAGGACCGGCCUGUUUGGACACGGAUCACCAGAGAAGCCUGGAUCUCAUCCGGAGUCUUUGGCCUCUCCAGACCCAUUCAGGAGUUCGGUUGGGCCAGGUUCAGGAGUAAUCAGGUGAAAGCCAUGAAGGGUUUGGAGCAUGCACUGUCCAAUCUGCAGAAAGCAUCGGCCGUGUGUCCUGAAGAUUCGGCAGAGAAACACAAAAACAUCGAUUCAGCCUCCAAAACCCAGAAACCUCAGCAAUACAUAUGACCAGUAUGAACAAAUAGUGAAUGUCAUGAUCAUAUCAGGUCACCCCAAAAAAUCUGAACAAAAUCAAAUGCAUUUACGAAUAUUACAAAUUUAUUUGAUCAAAACACUAUUUUUAUGACCAUUAUAUUUCCCCCAGUUCUCAUCACUGCUAUGCUAGAAGAUUAUUUUAACUGUGAAGUAUUUAUUUAUAUAUCAUUGUAGCAUUUGUUGUACUGCCUUUAAGCUGAUUUCAAUUUAAAAACAAAGUUACUGUAUUGCAAAACGGUUUAACUAUAAUACAGAAAGAAAUUAUUAAAUAAUACUGAGUUUGACUGAGUUUAUAUCACAAAACUGAGUUUAUAUCACAAUUCUGUUUAAUUCUCGCAAAACUGAGUUUAUAUCGCAAUUCUGUUUAAUUCUCGCAAAACUGAGUUUAUAUCACAAUUCUGUUUAAUUCUCGCAAAACUGAGUUUAUAUCGCAAUUCUGAGUUUCAAUAUCGCAAAAUUUAGUUUAUAUCGCAAAACUGAGUUAAUACCACAAAACUGAGAUUAUAUCGCAAUUCUGUGUAUAAUUCUCGCAAAACCAUGCUUCUAUCACAAAACUGAGUUUAUACCGCAAUUCUGAGUUUCAAUAUCGCAAAACCGAGUUUAUAUCGCAAUUCUGAGUGUAAUUCUUGCAAAACCAUGCUUAUAUCACAAAACUGAGUUUAUAUCGCAAUUCCGAGUUUAAUUCUCACAAAACUGGGUUUAUAUCGCAAUUCUGAGUUUCAAUAUCGCAAAACCGAGUUUAUAUCGCAAUUCUGUUUAAUUCUCACAAACCUGACUUUAUAUCGCAAUUCUGGGUUUCAAUAUCACAAAACUGAGUUUAUAUCGCAAUUCUGUUUAAUUCUCGCAAAACUGAGUUUAUAUCACAAUUCUGUUUAAUUCUCGCAAAACUGAGUUUAUAUCGCAAUUCUGAGUUUCAAUAUCGCAAAAUUUAGUUUAUAUCGCAAAACUGAGUUAAUACCACAAAACUGAGAUUAUAUCGCAAUUCUGUGUAUAAUUCUCGCAAAACCAUGCUUCUAUCACAAAACUGAGUUUAUACCGCAAUUCUGAGUUUCAAUAUCGCAAAACCGAGUUUAUAUCGCAAUUCUGAGUGUAAUUCUUGCAAAACCAUGCUUAUAUCACAAAACUGAGUUUAUAUCGCAAUUCCGAGUUUAAUUCUCACAAAACUGGGUUUAUAUCGCAAUUCUGAGUUUCAAUAUCGCAAAACCGAGUUUAUAUCGCAAUUCUGUUUAAUUCUCACAAACCUGACUUUAUAUCGCAAUUCUGGGUUUCAAUAUCACAAAACUGAGUUUAUAUCGCAAAAUUGAGUUUAUAACGCAAAACAGAGUUUAUAUCGCAAAACAGAGUUUAUUUCGCAAAACCAAGUUUAUUUCGCAAAACCAAGUUUAUUUCGCAAUUCUGAGUUUCAAUAUCACAAAACCGAGUUUAUAUCACAAAACCGAGUUCAUAUCGCAAAACCGAGUUUAUUUCGCAAAACCGAGUGUAUAUCGCAAUUCUGAGUGUAAAUCUUGCAAUUCUGAGUUUAAAUCUCACAAUACUUAGUUAAUAUUGCAAUAAUGAGAUAAUAUCUUGGAAUCCUGCUUAAAUUUCAUAAUUCUGAGAUUAUAUCGCAAUUCUGAGUUUAUAUUUUCCAAAUUCUGAGUUUAAAUCUCACAAUAUAUAUAUAUAUAUAUAUAUAUAUAUAUAUAUAUAUUACUGCUGUCUUUUCUCUUCAGAAUUGUGACCUUAUAUCAAAAAAAAGAACUGUGAUACAGAAACUCAAAACUCAAAAAAAGUUUUUUAGCUGUUGACCUUAACACUUGAGUAAUAAGUUGUAAAGACAUGUUUCAUUACUACAAAAGAAAAACCACAGAACAGAUUAAAUUAUCAGUGUUAGUUCCUCUUUCCAUUGCUGUUUAUCAGUAUUACAUCUGACACCGUGAGAGUCCUCUGUUAAAGAUUAAAAAUAAUCAUCAUCAUGUUUUCUUCUGUGUGCCCAUCAUUUCAGAAGCAUCGGCCGUGUGUCCUGGAGAUUCGGCCGAGAAACACAAAAACAUCGAUUCAGCCUCCAAAACCCAGAAACCUCAGCAAUACAUAUGACCAGUAUGAACAAAUAGUGAAUGUCAUGAUCAUAUCAGGUCACCCCAAAAAAUCUGAACAAAAUCAAAUGCAUUUACGAAUAUUACAAAUUUAUUUGAUCAAAACACUAUUUUUAUGACCAUUAUAUUUCCCCCAGUUCUCAUCACUGCUAUGCUAGAAGAUUAUUUUAACUGUGAAGUAUUUAUUUAUAUAUCAUUGUAGCAUUUGUUGUACUGCCUUUAAGCUGAUUUCAAUUUAAAAACAAAGUUACUGUAUUGCAAAACGGUUUAACUAUAAUACAGAAAGAAAUUAUUAAAUAA